AGUCUUUAGACGAACGUUGUCUAGUACUUUUCGGUGGGUUGUGUUUUUGGACACCAAAAACUAAUAUUUGGGGGAAUUUUUUUGUUUUUUGCUCCAUUAAACUGUUUGUUUAGAGAAGAGAUACAACAGCAUUUGAUACUUUUGUAAGAGAAAAUAAUAAAGACUUCGUGUUAGAUACUUCGUUAAUGCAGUUUUCGUUUGCUUGUAAAAAGAGAUGUUGAGGUAUUAAAUGGGAGUGUGUGAGUGUUUCACUUGGCUGCAAGUGAGUGUAAGUGAGUGAGUGCGUUAUUGUAAUGUUGUUCGCGUGAUUAUGGUAUUGUUCUGUUGCUUGGUUUUUAUCUCCCGAAACGAAAAACGACAAUUUGCAAAGAACAUUGUCCGUUAUCAUCACAUCAUCACUUGAAAACAUAUUGGCUCUGUGGGUAAGAGUAUAUGUGAGUAACAGUGUUAAUAGCUGGGUGUAUGAGUGCGCGUGUAUCUGUGAGUUGGGGCCUGUGUAUCGCCGCUGAUUUGCUGUUUUAAGGAAUAUUAUGUUAUUCAUUUAGUUGCGCGCCGUCGUACGUUGGGGACGCACGCAUUUCGUUUCUGUUUGUAAAUAACGUGUAAUUGUUUGUUUACAACUAGAAAAGUGCUAAAACAGUGUUAAAAAUAGUAUAAAUUCAAAUAAAAAAAAUUAAACAAAUUUCAUCUAAAAAACAGUUUUGAGGAAAAAAACCAACGCUCAGCGUUUGUUUUUUUUUAAGUUCAACCCUUUUUUGUUUGGUUUAAUUUCGUUAAAGUAAAACAAAACAUGGGUACGUCUACGGAUCGUAUGCCCAUGGGUAAAAUGAGGCGUAACAUGUCAUUAAUGUGGAAAUUAUUGGCAAUUAUUGUGAUAAUACAAGCAAGUGGAAUAAGUGCUAAGCAAAUCCAAAAUGAUUUAACCUUUGAAGAUACCUUUGAUAUCGAUCAAUUCGAAGAUGCUGCCUCAUCGACUAAACUACGUAGUGCGCGUGACCUGGACGAAAAAGCCUUUAUCGAAGAUGAACUCCAACCAGUGGAUGAGGCCGACAAUGAGGGCUCCUCCUCCUCUAACGAUGGCAGUUGGUUAAUGCAAAGCGUUAAGCGUGUACGCCGUGAGCUGGGCCGCCUAUUCGGUAGUGAAGAGAAAAAAUUGGUGGCCGAUAAGAAGCAUGCCAAAAAUGCCGCCAAAUUGGAAAAGCAACGUAAACGUCAGGCUAAAUUGGCGGAAAAACAAAAACGCAAAGCAGCCAAUGCGGCACGCAAUAACAAGGCUAAAAACCGUUUGAAUAAACGUCAAUCGUAUGGUGAUGAAGUUGAGGGUUCCGGUGAUGAUACCGAGGGUUAUGGCGAGCAUGAUACUUGGCAAACUUUGUUCAGCUUAAGUGAACCUUGGAUGGAUGAAUAUCGUCUGGGUAAAGGUAAUGCUAGAUUUAUGGAAUUGCAACAACAAAUCCAUGAAGGUUUCUUACAUUUCAUCACUGAUAACUAUGGCAAUGAUGAGGAUGAAGAUUCUUAUUUGCAUACCACUUUAAUAAGAGUAGAACCCACCCAUGAUAGCUUUUUUAUACAUGUUAUUGUACAAAUCGAUUUGCCUGAAAGAUGGAGCGAUUUUGGUCAACGUUUCCAACAGCAUUUGAUGGGCUAUAAGAAAUUGGGUGAUACUUUCGGAGCCGAUGCCGAUAAUAGUUAUUAUUUCAGACGUGUUAGAGAUCUUCAAGAUCACGAAAGAGUCGAUCUGACGGACGACUACAAUCACAAUGGCGCUGAAACUCAUCAUCAAGGUGAAGGUGUAGACAUGAACAAUGCUUAUCAUGGUGCUGGUGAAGGUACAGCCACACAUCAUACAAAUAACGCAGCCGGAGCUGGUGGUCAUUACGAUAAUGCCGGUGGUCAUUUUGACUUUGAUGAAUGUGAUGAACAGGGCAAUUUCGAAUGUCGCAACGGUCAAAUUAUCAAAUGUGAUAAUCUCUGCAAUAACUAUGGCGAUUGUGAUGAUGACAGUGAUGAGGAUACGGAUAUUUGCAAUAAAUACAAUCAUGAAGAAGUUGAUGAAGAUUUGGAUGAAGAAGAAGAUAUUGUGACAUCACAAGAGGGCCAUCGUGGUGAAGGUGAGACCACCGAUACACCCAAUUAUGAUGAUAAUACUGCCUACGAUCCUUAUGAUUACGAUAGAGAGCAGGAAAUGGAAAGAGAAAGACAAAUGGAAAUACAACGUGAAAGAGAGCGUCAAAUCGAAUUGGAACAGGAGAGACAAAGACAAUUGCAACACGAACGUGAAAUGGCCGAACAAGAACGUGCCAAGCAAUACGAAGCCGAAAGAGAAAGAGAGGAACAGGAACGUGCUAGACAAUACGAAGAACAACUUGCUCGCGAAGAGGAGGAAAGAGCCCGUCAAUAUGAAUUGGAAGAACAGGAAAGAGAGCGACAAGAACGCGAGAGAGAAGAACAAGAACGUCGUGAACAAGAAAUGGAAUAUGAACGUGAACAUGGUCAACCCGAUCAUGAUCAAACCUAUGGCCAUGAGUAUCAACCAGAAUCCCAACCGGGUCACGAUCAAACCUAUGGUCAUGAAUAUCAACCACAACCUCAACCUGGACACGAUCAAUCAUAUGGUCAACCACAACCGGGACACGAUCAAUCAUACGGUCAACCACAACCGGGACACGAUCAAUCAUAUGGUCAACCACAACCGGGACACGAUCAAUCAUAUGGCCAUGACUAUCAGCCCGGAACAAGUGCAGAAGAUUCCGAAGCCAAUCUAUACGAUUGUCAUGCUAAUCCCCAUGGCUAUUUCAUUUGUCAAAGUGGUGAACCUGUACCUUGUGCCAAUGUCUGCGAUAAUCGUUACGAUUGCGAAGAUGGCAGUGAUGAAUUGUCAUGUGAUGCAGACACACCCACCGAAGAGGCUCCCGUUGAUGAAAACGUUUACGAAAGUGAACAUGAAUCUCACCAUGUACCCGAAUUUGAAGCUUCCGGCGAAGAUUAUGUGCCCAUUACUGAAACCAGCCCUGUUUACACCAGCAUUUAUGAUGGUGGUUGCCGUGGCGAUACCACUUUCACUUGUUCCGAAAGUGGCAAAACCAUUUGCGAAGAACAAUUGUGCGAUGGUGAAGAACAGUGUCCCGAUGGUGAGGAUGAAAUGAACUGUCCUUCGGAAGGUUACGAUGAAAAUGGCACCGAUGGAGAAACCGAAUAUGAACCUGAAAGCGAAUGCGAAGAAAAUGAAUUCAGAUGUGAUAAUCGUUGUCUACCCAAAGAAUAUUUAUGCAAUGGUGUUCAUGAAUGUGGCGACAACACCGAUGAAUUAAAUUGUCCCGAAAAAGAAUGCAAUCCUAAUGAAUAUAAAUGCAACUCUGGUGAUUGUAUUGAUGGCAGCAAACGUUGCAACCGUAUCAUGGACUGUCCCGAUGGCGAUGAUGAAGAUGAAAGAUGUCCGGCCGAAUGUAGUGAUAUAGAAUAUCAAUGUAGAGAUGGUAUCAAUUGUAUUAGUGAAUCAAAAAUCUGUGAUGGUAAAACAGAUUGUCUGGAUGGUGAUGAUGAAGAACAUUGUGAUAGCAGCGGUGAUGAUGAUAGUGGCGAUUAUUGUAAAUAUUAUGAAUACCGUUGUAAUAAUGGUCAAUGUAUACCUAUGCGUGAGGUCUGUGACAAUAUCUAUGAUUGUGAUGAUUAUUCUGAUGAAACAGAUUGUGACUUACAAGAUUUUAAUCAAAAUAUCUUCGAUGAGGAUGAAAUCAUUAGAGAAUAUGCUGAUCAUCACCGUCGUCCUGCUACCUCGGCUCCUCCGGUAUCCCAUUAUCGUCCGGGCUAUAGACCCGGCAGCUCAAAUGGUGGUUCAUUGCAUCAACUGGAUAUGCAUGAUUAUUAUUACUAUCAUCCUGAUAUUUACAAUAAAGCCUCCGAAAAGAAUCCCUGUACCGAGUUUCAAUUCCGUUGUGGCAAUAAUGUGUGCAUACCCUUGCAUUUGAGAUGUGAUGGUUUCUAUCACUGUAAUGACAUGACCGAUGAAUUAAAUUGUGAUGAGUACAGACUUCAAAUACAAAAUAAACUAAAUACCACACAAUCACCACCACCGGCUAAUGUGAUAAAAACUACCGCCAGUACUAGUACCAGCACGUUAAGGACCACUUUAACGACUACCACAACAACAACAACAACUACACCAGCUCCUACCAAAAAAACUUGCUUAAGCAUGGAAUUUAUGUGUGAAAGUGGCGAUUGUAUACCAUUGGAAAGUGUAUGUGAUGGUAUAGGCGAUUGUAAGCGUAUGGAUGAUGAAAGUUAUGGUCUGUGUCAUUGCAGUAGUGAUAAGUUCAAAUGUAUACGAGGCGGUGGCUGUAUACCUAAAACACAAGUUUGUGAUGGCAAACCUCAGUGUCGAGAUGGCAGUGAUGAAAUUAGUUGUCAAAUUUUUAAAGAUUGUCACGCUGAGCAACUAAAAUGCGAUGGCAAAUAUGAUUGUGACGAUGGUUCCGAUGAAGAGGGUUGCGAUGAUCGUAACAGAGAUCAGUUUAUAAUAAGAUUUAAAAAUGUCACCUGUCGUACGGAUCAAUGGAAAUGUGAUAAUUCUGAUUGUAUUGCUAAGAACCGAUUUUGUGACGGUUACUUUGAUUGUAAGGAUCAUUCCGAUGAAGCACCCAAUUAUUGUGUAGGCAAGGUCACAACCGUUCUAACACCCGAGGACUGUAACGAAGAUCAAUUCUUCUGUGAUGAUGACUGCCAUCCCAAUACCAUACGUUGCAAUGGCCAAUCUGAUUGUGCUGAUCGUAGCGAUGAAGAGGGCUGUGCUCGUCCCACACGCCGUCCACCCACCUAUCCCUGUCCCCAGCAUACCUGCCCCAAUGGUCAGUGUUAUAGUGAGAAUGAACGUUGUGAUGGUAUUUCUCAAUGUGAUGAUGGUUCUGAUGAAGCUGAAUGCUGUGCUGCUGAUCAAUUCCGUUGCCGUAACGGUGAUUGCGUGCCCGGUUAUGCCCACUGUAAUGGUCGUACUGAAUGCUUUGACCGCUCUGAUGAAGAAGACUGUGCUGAUCCUAUUCCAGCUUAUCCCAGCCGUUGCUCGGCUAGUCAAUUCCGCUGUGACAGUGGCCAGUGUGUUAGUGCUUUGGCCAGAUGUAAUGGUUACACUGAUUGUCUUGAUUCUUCUGAUGAGAAACAUUGCACUUCCGUACCCACCACUGCCAGUCCCCAAUUGAACUUGAAGACUUAUCCCGAUAAUCAAAUCAUCAAAGAAAGCCGUGAAGUUAUCUUCCGUUGUCGUGACGAAGGCAUGUUACGUGCCAAGGUUAGAUGGACUAGACCCGGUGGCCGUGCUUUGCCCGUGGGUGCUCGUGAUAAGGAUGGUCGUUUGGAAAUUCCCAAUAUUCGUGUUGAAGAUUCUGGCACUUAUAUUUGUGAAGCUGUGGGUUAUCCACGUCAUGUCGCUGGACAACAAGUCUCCGUACAAUUGACCGUAGAGAAAUUCAAUCCUCGUGAUGAUCGUUUGCCCUCAGCCUGCUCCAAUACUCAAGCCACCUGCUUGAAUGGUGAAUGUAUUGAUAAAUCGCAAAUUUGUGAUGGUAUUCCCCACUGUUCGGAUGGUUCCGAUGAACAUAGCUGUUCGCAUGGUCGUAAAUGUCAUCCCAAUCAAUUUAGAUGCCGUAACUCUAAGUGUGUGGAUCGUGUGUGGCGUUGUGAUGGUGAAGAUGAUUGUGGUGAUAAUUCCGAUGAAGAAAGUUGUGAUCCCGAACCAUCUGGAGCUCCUUGCCGUUAUGAUGAAUUCCAAUGUCGCAGUGGUCACUGUAUUCCCAAAUCCUUCCAGUGUGACGAUACCAAUGAUUGUCGCGAUGGUUCUGAUGAAAUCGGUUGCAUGGCCCCCGAUAAGAUCCGUGAUCCUCCACCAACUGCUAUCUUGAAACAGGGUGAAUCUUUGAAUUUGACUUGUGUUGGUGUUGGUACUCCCACUCCCGUUAUUGUCUGGCGUUUGAAUUGGGGUCAUGUUCCCGAAAAGUGUGUUACCAAGAGUUUCAGCGGUACCGGCUCGAUCUAUUGUCCCGAUAUGCAGGUGGGUGACAGUGGUGCCUACUCUUGUGAAAUCAUAAAUACUAAGGGCAGUAAAUUCGCUACCGAUACUUUGGUUACCGUCGAAGCUCCCUCUCGCCCCGGUGUCUGCCCUGCUGGCUUCUUCAAUAUGUUGGCUCGUCGUCCUGAGGAAUGUAUCAACUGUUUCUGCUUUGGCAUUACCAAGACUUGCAAAUCUGCCGAACUUUUCAACUAUGCCAUACAGCCACCAAUCACCUCUCAUCGCGUGGUCGAUGUAGAACUCAGUCCCUACAGCAGCAUUGUCAUUAAUGAUGCUCCCACCUCGGGUAUUAUGAAUUUGAGACAUGGUGUUCAAUUCCGUGCUACAGAUGUUUUGUAUGGCAGCCGCAGUGCUCCUUACUUGGCCUUGCCAUCGGACUAUAUGGGCAAUCAAUUGAAAUCUUAUGGUGGUUUUAUUAAAUACGAUGUCAGCUUUAUGGGUUCUGGUCGUCCAACCAAUACUCCUGAUGUUAUUGUUACCGGCAAUGGUUUCACUCUUACCUACCGUUCUCGCAUGCAACCUCAACCCAAUGUGGUCAAUCAUAUGGAAAUCCAAUUUGCUCCUGGUCAAUGGAAGAAACCCGAUGGUCGUGUGGCCACUCGUGAAGAAAUCAUGAUGAUCUUGGCUAAUGUAGAUAAUGUAUUGAUACGUUUGAGCUAUAUUGAUGCCACCGAAAGACAAGUGGAAUUGACCAAUAUCUUAAUGAACUCGGCUGGUGAUCAUGAUCAAGGCUUGGGUCAGGCUUCCCUGAUUGAAAAGUGCUCUUGUCCUACCGGUUAUGUGGGUGAUUCUUGCGAAACUUGUGCUCCUGGCUUUGUUAGACAAGCUGGCGGACCCUGGUUGGGUCGUUGUGUACCUUAUACUCCCGAACCCUGCCAGCCAGGCACUUAUGGUGAUCCUCGCCGUGGCAUACCCUGCCGUGAAUGUCCCUGCCCUCAAACUGGUUCGAAGAACUUUGCUUCUGGCUGCUCUUUGGGUCCCGACAAUGAGGUUACCUGCAACUGUAAUGAAGGCUAUACCGGCAGACGUUGUGAAUCCUGUGCUCCUGGCUAUUCUGGUCAUCCUUUGACUCCUGAUGGUCGCUGCUAUCCCAUACCCGAAAGUACCUGCAAUGCUGAAGGCACCUACUCUGUUAAUGCCGAUGGCAGCUGUACCUGCAAACCUUUGGUCACUGGCCCACGUUGUGAUAGCUGCAAGGCUGACUCCUUCCACCUGAAUGCCUUCACCUACACCGGUUGCAUUGAGUGCUUCUGCAGUGGCUUGCCCACUAGCUGUGGCAGCAGUUCCUGGUACCGUGAUCAAAUCUCUUCCUCAUUUGGCCGCUCCAGUGCUCCUCAUGGCUUUGGUUUGGUCACCAACUACAAUACCGAUAAGCCCACCAGUGUUAGAUUCAUUCAAUCCGGCAACUUCUUGACUUUCUCAGAACCCAGAACCUCGGAAACUUUGUACUGGCAAUUGCCCGCCCAAUUCUUGGGCAACAAGAUCACUGCCUAUGGUGGUAAAUUGAAUUAUACCUUGAGCUACACUGCCAUGCCAGGUGGUCUCAUGUCACGCAGCACUUCUCCCGAUGUGGUCAUUAAGUCUGGUGAAGAUUUAACCAUUAUCCAUCACCGCAGAAGCAACAUUAGCCCUAGCUCCUCCAACUCUUAUUCCGUGCCCAUUAUUGAAAGUGCCUGGUACCGUUCGGAUGGUCAACCGGUCAAUAGACAACAUUUGUUAAUGGCUCUUUCCAAGAUUGAGGCCAUCUACAUCAAGGCUACCUACACCACCAGUACCAAGGAUGGUUCUCUAACCCAAGUUGUUAUGGAUAUUGCCACACCCACUAACUUGGGCACUGCUCGUGCUGUGGAGGUGGAAGAAUGCCGCUGUCCUGAGGGUUAUAUUGGUCUGUCCUGUGAACGUUGUGCUCCUGGCUACAAACGCAACCCCGAAGCUGGUCUCUACUUGGGUCUCUGUGAACCCUGUGAAUGCAAUGGCCACUCUAGCCAAUGUGACAGCGAAACCGGUGCCUGCCUUAACUGUGCCGACAAUACCGAAGGUGAAUUCUGUGAACGUUGUGCUUACGGCUAUAGCGGUGAUGCUACCCAAGGUACUCCCCACGACUGUCAACCCGGCGUUGAUGAUUCCACUGCCUAUACCAGACCUCCACCACUCAGAAACCAAACCUGCUCGCAUUGUAAUGCCGCUGGUACUGAGUCUUGUGACAAUGGCUAUUGUUAUUGUAAACCCAAUGUUCAGGGUACCUAUUGUGACCAAUGCCGCUCUGGAACUUAUGGUCUUUCCGCCAGCAAUCCCGAAGGCUGUGAUGAAUGUUAUUGCUCUCAAAAAUCCUCCACUUGCCGUUCGGCUUCUUUGUUCCGCCAAUUCAUUCCCGUCGAUUUCCUCAGCAGUCCUCCACUCUUCACCGAUGAAGAGGGCCUUAUUGCUGAUACCGAGAACUUGAACUUCGAUAUCGAAAGAAACGAAUAUACCUACAGCUUUACUUCCUACACACCCAAAUUCUGGAGUCUUAGAGGUUCCGUUUUAGGCAAUCAAUUGUACUCUUACGGUGGUGUUCUCUCCUACCAAUUGAACGUCCAAAGCUAUGGUCACUAUGAGCCCGGCAAUGAUGUCAUUCUCAUUGGUAACGGCCAGAAAUUGUUGUGGUCUCGCCCUAGUUCCGAACAGGAAAAUGUUGAAUACAAAAUACGUCUGCACGAAGAUGAAAACUGGAAGUCCCUACAACGUGGUGUCAUGCAACGUGCCUCACGCUUGGACUUCAUGAAUGUUUUGUCCAAUUUGGAGCAUAUUUUGAUUAGAGCCACACCCAAGAUACCCACAACACGCACCGCCAUCAGCGAUGUUAUGUUAGAAAGUGCUGUCGAAACACCUUUCCCCGAUGCCCAACCUGCUUCCGAAAUUGAAGUAUGCACUUGUCCAGCUGGCUAUUCGGGCACUUCUUGCGAAAGCUGUGCUCCCAUGUAUUAUCGCGAUAAUAAUGGUGACUGUACUCUCUGCCCCUGCCAAGAUGAAUCGACCAACUCUUGCAGUUUGGAUGAACGUGGCUAUGUUAGGUGUCAGUGUAAAUCUGGUUAUGCCGGUGAUCGUUGUCAAAAUCCUGAAGACUAUGGUACUGAAACACCUACACCACGUCCUCCUGCUCCCGAUACAGAUAUUAGAACUCAAAUUACCGUUUCCAUUGCACCACCCGAAAUUUCCAUCAUUCCCGUAGGUGGUUCGAUUACACUCUCUUGCAGUGGUCAUUUAGUUUGGAAUAAUAGCCCCGUUAUUGUUAGCUGGUAUAAGUUGAAUGAUCAUAUGCCCUAUGGUGUUGAACAAAACAAUGGAGUCUUGAGACUGUAUGAUUUGCAAAUCCAUGACUCUGGAGUUUACAUUUGUCGCGCUACUAACAACGAAACUAGACGUGUUUUCGAAGAUAAGAUUACCAUUACUAUUACUGAAAGCUCUCGUCGCACUCCAGCCAAGAUUGACAAUCUCCCAUCCUACUUCACCUUCGAAGAGUAUGUACCCAGCGAAGUUAAUUGCGAAGUAAGCGGUAAUCCCGCUCCCAGUGUCAUCUGGACACGUGUCGAUGGUCAAAUGUCCAGUGAAGCUCGUGUCGAUGGCAGCCGCUUGAUUUUCGAAAUGCCACGCAAAUCCGAUGAGGGUAGCUACAGAUGUCAGGCCAACAAUGGUGUCGGCUAUGAGGAGAAAUACACUCAAAUACGCAUAAGACCCUCGACACCACAACCCACACCAGCACCACGUGAAUUAGUAUAUAUUGAACCACCAUCCUUCUCUGGUGAAAGUGGACAAUAUGUACGCUUGACCUGUCAACCUACCACACCGGUUAUCUUGAAAUACGAAUGGACCAAGGAUGGCUAUCCUUUGUAUCGUCAACACAAUUUGAUUAUCAAUGGCAAUAUGUUGGAGAUUCGUGAGACUACACCACGUGAUUCGGGUGUUUACACAUGCAUUGGUAUCGAUCAUAGAGGACAACGUAAUUAUACCUCCGAUGCUCAAGUUCAUAUUGAAGAGACUAGACCUAAUGUUAUAAUUCCUUCAUCGAAUAGCAUCGCUCCCACUGUACAACGUUUACCCGAAGAAAAUCGCGUUAUCCAGGGCCAUGAUUUCACUAUUACUUGUGAAGCUUCCGGCACACCCUAUCCCACUAUUAGAUGGACCAAGGUCCAUGAAUCCUUAGGCGAUAAUGUCCAUCAAUCGGGUAAUGUUUUGCGCAUUAUGAAUGCUCGUCCCGAUAACCGUGGCAUUUACUUGUGUAUUGUUGAAAAUGAGGCCGGUAGCGAUCAGACCAGCACUUUCAUUGAUAUUGAACCUCGUGAACAUCCCGUCGUUGAUAUUGAUCCUAAAGAACCACAAAUUAUAACUGUUGGCGGCCAGGGUAUAUUGUAUUGCUCGGCCACCGGUAUACCACAACCUAGAGUACAAUGGUUACGUGUCAAUGGCCAACCCCUAUCGCCCAGACAUCAAAUUCAACAAAAUGAACCCGGUUAUAUUAUUAUCAAUGAUGUUAUGCUGGUGGAUGCUGGUGACUAUAAGUGUGUGGCCGAAAAUGAAGUUGGCAAUGCUACCGCUGUUGCCAACAUACGUGUUAUUGAAGCUCCUGUUAUUCAGCUGGAACCUAGCCAAGAAGUUCUAACUGUUACCGAAGGUGAUGAAGUUAAGGUUACCUGUACCGCUACUGGUCAUCCCAAUCCCAGUGUACGUUGGGUAGAAGACAGCUCGGUUGCUACCUUUAAUUAUGCUCCAGAAGCUGAACAUUACAAUCAAGCUUUCUUGGAAUUCUAUCGUGUAUCCAUGCAAAAUGGCAAGGCCUAUAAAUGUGUGGCCACCAAUGAAGCCGGUACUGAUGAACGUUAUAUUGUUUUGGAUGUCAAGCCUAGACGCGGUGAUGCUCCUGAAGAUAGUGAUGUUGAUCGUUCACCUUAUCCCUAUGACAGACAAGGCGCUCGUCCUUCAUAUCCUCCACAACCCUCCUAUCCCGGCUAUCGUCCAGCUACUCCACAGCCUCAAGUUGAAAAUGUUUAUCAAUCCAAGCCUGGCGAUAAUGUCACCUUGAGAUGUGACUUAAAUGCCGCCCAUGAGACUAUAUGGGAACGUGAAGAUGGUCGCCCCUUGCCUACCAAUUCCUACUUCGAACGCAACAGCUUGAUUAUCCAUCACAUGCAAGAGAACAAUGCUGGUAUUUACAGAUGUAAUGCCUAUGACACUCGUGGCGAGAUCAUUACCUAUCACUUGGCCGAAUUAGUGUACAUACCCAUUCCUCAUAUUACCCUAAAUCCCAGAAUGCCCCUACAUGUGAAUGCCAAUGAUAAUAUUGAUAUUUCUUGUGAUACCGAGGGUGCUCAACCCAUUGUAGUGUCCUGGCAUACCGACAACAAUAGACCUUUGCCUGCUUCUGUUAGUAUUGAGGGCAAAUAUUUACGUUUUACUGCCAUUACCCCUGCCGCUGCCGGUCGUUACUACUGCUCUGCCAAGAAUAGCUAUGGUAAUACUACCGAAAUGGCUGAAGUUAUUGUUAAUCGUGGUACUAGCUAUGAAACCCGUCCUCAAGCCAAGAGCUACGAAUUGAAUGAAGGUGAAACUGUACGCAUUUCCUGCGACGUUGAAUCAUAUGCUCCCAUUCGUGGUGAUGUAUUUUACACCUGGACCCGUGAAAACGGCAACCGUUUGCCCCCCAAUGCUCAAAUCCACAACAAUGAAUUGUUCAUCUACAAUGUGCACAAACAAGAUGAGGGUCGUUAUGUCUGUGAACUCAUAGCCAAUGGUGUCAGAUCUAAACCCUCUUAUGCUGAACUCUAUGUCAAGCGAGGUCACAGCAUAAAUGAUAUACCUUGCAUGGUUCUCUAUAUCUGUACAGACUACAAACCACUGAAAACGCUAAAAACUAAAGCACCUGCCACAGCAGCCGCCAGUCGUACUUCCUAUAGCUGCCAGCCGGGCGAUUUUAAUUGUGUCUCCCAUCCCCAUACCUGCAUAGCGCCCCACAUGGUGUGUGACGGCAUACACGAUUGUACCGAUCAUUCGGAUGAAUUCAAUUGUACUAGAGAACAGGUCAAUUAUAAGCGCUGGAAGAAACACUAUAAUCAGCCUUUAAAUCCCUUAAAGCCUUUAGAUGCUUUCAAACGAAGACACAAAAGAAAAUAUCAGCAAAUGAAUAGAAAUAAUCUGACUAUGGCAGGCAAAUUAAGCGCUGGUGUAAGACCUUUACCCUAUUAUCCUUCUACAAUUGUGUCCACCACUCCUCGAGUACGUGAUGCCAUGUUAAGAGUCGAUCAGCAACAAUCAAAAUUGAGAGUGGGUGAGUCCACCGAAGUGGAAUGUUAUUCCUCGGAUAAUAGUUAUACCGAUGUUAUAUGGGAAAGAGCUGAUGGUGAGCCCUUGCCUCCCAAUCUACAACAAAUUGGCAAUCGUUUGAUUAUUAGCCAUGUUACUCCUCACGAUGCUGGACGUUAUGUCUGCAAGUGUAAGACCGAUGAGGGUGAUCUUUAUACCACCAGCUAUGAAUUGGAUAUUGAGGCUAGUGUUCAUGAAUGGAAACAUCCCAAGAUUGUGCAUGCCGAUGUAGGCACACGUGCUCAAUUGUUAUGUAAUGCUGAGAAUGCCUAUGAGGGUCCCAGCUAUAGAUGGUCGCGUCAAUAUGGUCAAAUGCAAAUGGGUACUGAUAUCUUGAAUGACAAACUACAUCUCGCCGAUGUUCAGGCUAGUGAUGCCGGCACCUACAUCUGUACAGCCACUGCUGCCGAUGGUCAAUCGGUUGACUAUCCCACCAUAUUAGUGGUGACCGGAGCCAUUCCUCAAUUCCAUCAAGAUCCUAUCAGUUACAUGUCUUUCCCUACCCUGCGUGAUUCCUAUAUUAAAUUCAACUUUGACAUAACAUUCCGCCCCGAAAAACCCAAUGGUUUGCUCUUGUUCAAUGGUCAAAAGAAGGGUAAUGGUGAUUAUAUUUCAUUGAGCUUAAAUGAACGUUAUCCCGAAUUCCGUUUCGAUUUCGAUGGCAAAUCGAUGGUGAUUAUAGCCGAACAGCCGGUGGAACUUAAUGAAUGGCAUACGAUUAGAGUGAAUCGUUUCCGUCGUGAUGGUUAUAUGCAAGUCGAUGAUCAACAUCCCGUAGCCUUCCCAACUUUAUCGCCUUCCAGUUCUUUGGAUUUGGUAGAUGAUUUGUAUUUGGGUGGUGUACCCAGUUGGGAUAUAUUGCCACGCGAUGCUGUUGAUCAGCCUGUUGGAUUUAUCGGUUGCAUUAGCCGUUUGACUUUGCAGGGUUCGAUUAUUGAAUUGAUGAAGGAGGCUAAGGUUAAGGAUGGCAUUACUGCCUGCCAACCUUGCAGUGAUAGUCCCUGCAAUAAUGGCGGUAUUUGUUUGGAAAGUCAAACCGAAAUGGCUUAUACCUGUAUCUGCCAACAAGGCUGGACCGGACGUAACUGUGCGAUAAAGGGUACCCAGUGUACUCCUGGCAUUUGCGGUACUGGACGUUGUGAAAACACCGAAAUGGGUAUGGAAUGUUUGUGUCCUUUGAAUAAGACCGGAGAUAGAUGUCAAUAUAUUGAACAUUUAAAUGAGAAUAGUUUGGCCUUCAAGAAGAACAGUUUUGCAGCUUAUGGAACCCCAAGAGCCUCCAAAUUGAACAUUAAGUUCCAGGUAAGACCUAAUACCUUGGAAGAUGCUGUUUUAUUGUAUGCGGCCGAAAGUAAAUUACCUAGUGGAGACUUUGUGGCGGUAGUUUUGCGCAAUAAACAUGUGGAAUUGAUCAUCAAUACCGGAGCCCGUUUGAAACCGGUGGUAGUGAGAUCUAUGAACCCAUUGCCGGUAAAUAAAUGGACUGAAAUAGAAAUUGCCAGACGUUUUGGUGAGGGCAUUUUGAGAGUAGGCGGAGAACCUGAACAAAAAGCCAAGGCUGCCGGAGCAGCACGCACGUUAUAUAUUAAGACUCCCAUGUAUAUAGGCGGUUACGAUCACGAAAAGAUCACUUUGAAUAGAGAUGUUAAUGUGACGCACGGUUUUGAUGGUUGUGUAUCAAAUCUGUACGAGGGCUUGAGAGAGAUUAACUUAAUAGCCGAUAUAAGCGAUGCGGCCAAUAUACAAAAUUGUGGCGAAAUAAAUGAAAUCGAUCAAAACGAAACCUUUGCCCACGAAGAUCAAUUAACUAACGAAAAUGACUUGGGUGUAAUGGAUGCCUGUGCCAGUGAUCCCUGUGAAAAUGGCGGCCAGUGUACGAUCAUAGAUGAUAUGGCGGUAUGCAGCUGUAUGGUAGGCUUUACCGGCAAACACUGUGAAGAACACAUAACCCUACAAUUCGAUGCCAAUUUCCAUGGCAAUGGUUAUUUGGAAUUGAAUAGAUCCCAAUUUGAUGAGAACAUCGAACAGAAGUACUCUUUUGCUGCCAUGGUCUUCUCGACCAGUGAACCUAAUGGUUUGUUAUUAUGGUGGGGCCAAGCUAAGGGUGAGGCCUUUAAUAAUCAAGAUUAUAUGGCUUUAGCUAUAACCGGUGGUUAUGUUGAGUUUAAAUUCCGUUUGAAUGGUGAAGAAGGUGUAGUACGUAAUCCCGAUAAACGUGUCGAUGAUGGUCAACGUCAUAUUGUUUUGAUUAAACGUACCGAUAAUACUGCCAUUUUGGAAUUGGAUCAUUUAUUGUAUACUGCUGAGGCCACACCCACCGGCAAGAAUACCAUGUCUCUGCCCGGCCAUGUCUUUAUAGGUGGCGCUCCCGAUUUGGUUUCCUUUACCGGCGGCCGUUAUACACAAUACUUUAACGGUUGCGUUAGGGUAGUGGAGGGUGAAAGUAGUGGUAUCAUAGAUCUAGGCAAAGUAGCUGUAAGCGGUAUCAAUGUUGACUCUUGUCCAGAAGUGGAUGAAAUUGACGACCCCGAACCCCCAGUCGUUUAAUAGUUUUUUUCUUUUUUAGUUUUUAACCAAAAAAAAUUCUUAAAAACAAAAAAAUAAAACUUUUUACGAAAAAAAUAUUAAGGAAACAAGAAAAAAAAUCAACACAAAAAUCGUAACAAAAAAUUUACUUUAUAAUAGUUUUUUUUAUAAAAAAAAAUAA